CCAGUUGUGGGCAUUGGAGCAUGAAUCGGUGGCGGAGGUCUGUGGGAGAGAUCCAGGCCAGGAAGAGGCUGGUGAGCGAAUGUGAGCAGGCGCAGGCUGCCUUCAACAAACUCACCGCCUGCUUUCAGCAAAUGGCCACCUGCUUAGGGAGCAACACAGACAGCAGCCUUCUGAGAGAUGAGCUGGAGGAAACCAGGGGACAGGCGCAUAAAAUAUGUACAGGGCUGCACCAUCGGCUACUAGAGCUGCUGGUUGAGAACGAGCAAGUCCAGGACGACCGCGUGCAGGUUGAGCGCCUCUGGGUUCUGCUUCUGAGCAGUUUGGAGAACUUCCAACAGCAGCUCAAGAAGGUCAGUGCACUCCAGGAGCUCUUUCCCAUUGCUCUGCAGAAGGACAGACAGGCCUUGGUGAACACAGGCGCCUCCGGAGGGGGCACUGAAGUGGCAGGCUGUGCUGCCGUGGUGCAGAGCCCCUGGGUAGUGAUGGAGUGCAGCAAGAAUCCUGACCUAAACGGCCAUGUGUUAGAGAUUGAGACUCUGCUCCAGGAAAUGCUGCAGAGGGUAAAUGUACCACUGUGGUCAAUCGAGCCGAUGCAGAAAGCCUGGGCUGAAGGAACGCAGGAAGAUGACGAUGAUAUCUUGGAGGAGAUGAUGGAGGUCGAAGUGGUAUCGCAGGCUGGAAAAUCAGGCUGCUGCAGUCAUUCCAACUGUAGACUAAGAUGCAUAUUCUGUUUGCUCAACUAGAGCCAUUUUGGAUCAUGUAGCUAGUGAGAAAUCAGUCUUCAAUCCUUAAUUGCUUUGGCAUUUCUUGGCUUAUGCAACAAAAUUAAGAUUUAUCAUGAGCCUCAUGGGAACUGCCAGGCUGUACUGUAGAUUUUAUGCUAUAAACAGUUGCAUCGAUGAAUUUUCAGACGAUACUGCCCUCUAUCUGCAAGCAAAAACUAAACUAAAUCUGACCAUCAAAUGGAUCUGCAACUGAAGGACAAGAGGACCAUUAUGGUAAAGAAUAAAGGAAAAAAGAAAAAGACAUCAUGGUUGAAAAAAAAAAGUUAAUACUAAAUUUUUAAGCCACUUCUACUUGUCAAUAGAAAUAGAGAUUAGACUGUCAGUGACUUCAAAAAACACUUUAGAGCACAGGUUCUCAAACAUUUUAUAGCCAGGAACUCCAGUGUGUAUUUCUAAAAAUAGUAAACAAUAUUUUGCUUAUAAGAGAUUUCUAUUCCUGACCUUUCCACCAAAAGUAAUAAAAUUCAGUUCAUGUUAAAAUUAUACAUAUACUAUAUAUUGUUUUUAAAGUUAUUGAGGUCUGCAUUAAUCCCAUGCG